CAGAAUCAAAAGCAUAUUUCACUUUCAAGCAACGCAUUAUUACCAAACUCGUUGGUCGGUAUCGCUUCGAGCGUUACUAUCUAACACUUCCAAGAAGCUGGAGCUCAAAACACAGCUUCCCGUUCCGGCAAACAUUUUUGCUGUUAGUGACGUGACUGCUUUGUGAUGCAACGAUCGACGUCUGCCGCUGCUACCGGAGCUGGCCAGGGCGUCAAAGAAGUCACUGCAACAUCUGAAUCGCGAACAAAGUCUUCCCAAAAUAGCUAUGACGGUGGGUGUCUUUCUCGAAGCGCGGGGCGUAGCGACAGCUCGAGAGAGUGUCGUCGCCGCCAUCAUUUGAGCUCGUCAACCGAGUGCCAUGAUAGCAGUGGAGAAAGACUAAUUCACCGUCACACGAAUCGGCAGGUGUGCGAUUUUUUCAUUCAUGGAGAAACAAAGUUCCCUUCUACCAUGUCGUACUUGUCGGAUGCGCAGCGGAGCGAUGGUGCGACUGUCUGUUCCGGAAGUGUCACGGAAGACAUCGAGGUGGAGAGCAUCAUAUCACAGGAGGACCAACCGUCACAAGCUCGUCACUCUCCAAGUUCCUUAGAAAAAACGUUUCAAGGACGAAGAGUAGGCUUAAAUGGCAGAGCUGUAGAGUUUGUUGAAGCUUCCUUCCAGGUAUCAUCCCGAAAGCCUUCGGUUUCACGAAAGCCUUUUUCUUCCUACGCCACUAGCUACCAGCUGAAGUCUCUUUUAGAUGGCGAUGGUGGAAUAAGCCUACACAGUAUGGGACCACCACUGAGUAGGGCGCUGUUAAUGCACAAAGAAGGCGCAUCUUCCCGAGGGUCAGGCUCUGUCAAGUCAUUUGACUCAAACACGAGUUGCGUUGCAGGAACAGCAUACUCCGAUGAUGGCGGCGGGUCGCUGGAUGUGGAAACGCAUUCCUAUCACAGUCAAGAUGAGGACAACGGCUGCAACUUUCGAAGUGGGAAGGAAUCUUCUUCACAAACAAGCUCUACCAAAUCGUUUUGGUCGCACGCAGGCGGCGACACCGCUGCCAUGCUGAAUACUGACAAUUUACAGUGCUCUCUAGAAAGUGAAAGUCGAACGCUCUCUCCAUGCCCCAUUUACACUAUUGAUGACGUAGCAGCGCUUUUACAAUCGGGACAGGCGGUGCAACUCGAGGAGGUUGAGGCAAUGGAGACAACACAAGUGGGUACCCUGCCCGUUGAAAAUGGCCGAAUUAGUCCGGGGGGGACAAUAUACAAAGGGAGAGGAACGAGACGGUACCAAGGGCGGUAUAUGCACCUUCCCUUGAAGCGAUUUCAUCAAAAUGGAAUACACCUGGAUGCCGUUAACGAAGGCGAAACAGAAGAAAACCGCCAUGGCGAAUUUCAGGAAUAUCACUCUAACGAUCCUCGACUUACACUUAAAAGUUCUAGACCUAAGGCCAUCGUGAAGGAAGAAAAGGCCUUCACUUCUUACAUUCGUCGCACAAAUGCACCGUUCAGGGUUUGGGAAGGAGCUUUACCUGUUACAUUCCACUAA